AUGGCAAGCUCCCUUCUUACUGGGAAUAUUGAAUUCGAAGGAGAAGAAGAUAGCGGAAAAUUAUCAUUAAGUCAAGAUGAAACAGAUCUACCAACAAUUCAUGGAAGUCAAUCGAAUGAUGAGAGUUCUACUAGUAGUGUGCAACUACCAUCCACACCAACACUGAAGAACGCUAUAUUGAAAUGGCCAUCACAGAAGAGAGAACGCCCGAAAACGAAAAAGAGAGUUUCGUUUGAUGAAGCAGCUAUCGAACGGAAACGUGGGAAGGUAUCACGGAGACCAAGGCGGAGAAGGAACGUGCGAGUUGCGGCAUCUCCUCUACGAGACUUUGUUGCAGUCAUGGUCAUUUUUCUCUUUACAGCGCUCUUCAGUACUCUCCUUCGAGAUGCACAGAGACAAGCGCAAGAAGACUUCCUCAAUCGGAAAGCGCAAAAAGGAACUCUAUCAUCGCGCCGAAAACGUUGGCAACAACGACAGAAAAUUCUAAUACAACAACCUGUUGAGGAGGAGUCGGUAGAAACUAUUAUUUUUGAUGAAUCAUUUAUAGUUUCAUCCGAGCAAUCGUCGCAAAGUGAAUCGCAAAUAAAAGAAGAGGAUAAUCGAAAAGUUCAGCGACCCUUGCAAACGGACGACGAGGAUAGUGUUGAAAAUGUUGAAGACUUCGUUAUCCAACCUUCUGAUCGCAGUGAGGAUACUGCAAGCAACCUCGAAACGACAGACGGCGAAGUGCCCAAAGACGAUACCAAUUUGAAUACAGAAAGCUCGAUUCACAUUCACGAUGAAUCCGCAUAUCCAGAACAGAAAGGUGAAGACACCACGGACGAUAUCAGAACGGAAGAAAGGGUAGAGCUGUGA